CUCCAACAGCGCAAAUUGGGUCUAGUGUGUUGGUGGUGUUGUAACUAGGGUUACACAGAGCGUCGGCUUCGUCUAGGGUUUGUAGAUCAAAUACCAAAAGUUGGGACUGGGAAGUACCAACCAACAGGAAACGCUGCUCCACUGGGUCCAGCGAGCAGCCCCAGACGCGCAUCCCUUGCCGGAAGAUGAAGUUGCUGCUCGAUGGCGAGUACUGCAGUAAGUUAGUGGACUGUCGGGAGUUUAAGCUGUCGCGGUAGGCGCGGCUCGGCAGCCCCACGCUCCGGUCGAGCAGGUAGCCAAACGCCGACAUCAAGAAUCGAGUUAUAAAAUUCGACAGGAUCUUAAGGAUCCUGUCAAAUAGCUUAUUUGAACCUGUAUAAAAGCUUAUUCAAUCACUCAUCUUCAUCAAGACCCUCUGACGUACGUGGAAGGUCUCCAUUAUCGACACGCUGCCUAGACGUAGAACAGCAAAUGCUCGCGACAAAAGUUGAUCGUCUGCUGCAGAUUGUGGCGUCCAGAGGAGCGCAAGUGCCUAAUUUGCCGAGUAAUUUGCUGCCGAUCAACAACGUGGUUGCAUUCUCUGGCGGCGUGGACUCGUCUUUAGCUGCCGCGUUGGUAUUCCAAGUCUUCCCCAAUACUAGUGCCGCAUGUAUCGGAAGAUCCGCUGCUUUAUCUUCAGUGCAACUUCAGCAAGCUCGACAUGUUGCGUCCCACAUUGGUGUCCCAUUGUGGGAAUGCCAUACAGAUGAAGACAAACUCGAGGGUUAUGUCGCCAAUCAGGGCAAAAGUUGCUACUAUUGCAAGACGACGCUGUACUCGACAUUAAACCAGGUUGCGGAGUUCGCGUGGAAGGAAAUGCAGCAACAUAGAGAAGAGAUGAAGCCUGUGUUGUAUAAUGGCACAAACGCUGAUGAUCAGUUGGAUCCUACUAGAGUUGGACUGGUGGCUGCCACCGAGUUCGACGUGGUGAGUCCGCUUAGCGAACUGACCAAGCAAGAGGUACGAGAUGUGGCUAAAUAUUUGGGACUUCCGAAUUGGAACGCGGCAGCGUCACCGUGUUUGAGAUCGAGAUUACAGUUUGGAGUUGAGGCGACGCAGCAACAUUUGCAUCGGGUGGAGAAAGCAGAGGACUUUGUGCGUGGAUUGAUUCAUCUGGAGCCACAGAUGAGCAUGCGCGUGCGUUUUCUUGCAGGCAAUAAGGCUGCAGUUGAGCUUGACAAUGAAGCGUUGGAGAAGGCGAUGCCUCACUUUAAUGUCAUUGACGAAGAGCUACGACGACUUGGUAUGAACAACACCUGGGCUCAAUUCAGCUAUGCUUUUUGACAUUUUCCUCUACUUUUUUUUUUGCAGGAUUCAACGCAGUGGACGUCCGUGCUUUUCGCUCGGGCAGUUUGAGUGGCUAUAAUGCUAAUAGUGUCGUGCAUCAUACCCCAGCGAGAGAGGCUCGUAUAGAGUAGUUAACCCACGUUAAAACUUUGCUUGUAAAUCUACAGACUUCUGACCACGGUUCCGAACUGUGUUUAAGAAGUCGAAAGCGUCGACGCCCAAGCGAAAUAAUGACACUAAUAAUCAACCGUCUUCAAUGAGCUUGACUACCGUCAUGAAGGCAGAGAGCGCUGAAAAAGACGCGGUCAUGAAGGGA